AGUUACCGUAGUAACUAACCAGCAGCACAAAUACACACACGUUCACUCUGAAGAAGUGAGAGCAGCAGACGACAUGGACGAGCUCGAUUUGCUGUUGGAGGAGCUGGCUCUGAACCCAGGGGGUCUGCAGAGUGUCAGUGAGAACAGGAGCAAAGACACAGCUGCUGCAGAGGUGCCAGCUGCAGUUGAUUCAGCAUCAACCAAAAAAGGAAAAGUCUGCUCAAAUGUUUACAGUGACCUGCCUGUUCCUGUGGCUGCUUCCUCGACCCCCGACUCCCCCACUAAAGAACUGGAUGCUAUCCUGCAGGACAUGCUGGGUCUGGGACAAGAGGAUCCAGAGUCUUCAACGACCCCACCACCUCUGACACAAAAACUGUCCGUGAGAAAGAAAACGGAAUCUGGGCAGCAGGAGAAGAAGAAGAAGAAGGAGAGCAGCAGCAGCAGAGCAGCGUCAGACGCUAACGCUUCGACCUCCAGCAGGAAGACAGACACAAUAGAUGAGCUGCUCGGAGGGCUGAGCUCCGACCUGGAGAAGAUCGGCGUGCGCACCGUAGCCAAGGGCCACUGUGCGUCCUGCAACAAGAACAUUGUUGGAAAGAUGAUCACGGCGCUGGGUGAAGUGUGGCACCCUGAGCACUUUGUGUGUGUGGCGUGUAACACAGAGCUCAGCACCACAAGCUUCUUUGAGAGGGAGGGGCAGCCAUACUGCGACAAAGAUUACCAUCAGCUGUUCUCCCCACGCUGCGCCUACUGCAAGGGGCCCAUUGUGAAGAACAUCCUGACAGCUCUGGACCAGACUUGGCACCCCGACCACUUCUUCUGCACACACUGCGGAGGCCUGUUUGGACCCGACGGUUUCCUAGAAAAGGACGGGAAGCCGUAUUGUUGCAAGGACUUCUACAACCUCUUCGCUCCAAAGUGCUCCGGCUGUGGGGAAUCAGUGAGGGAAAACUACCUGACUGCAGCCAAUGGCACCUGGCAUCCAGAGUGCUUCGUCUGCGCAGUGAGCCUCCUACCUCAGACCACACACACACACACA